GUGUCGGCGCUGCCAGGUGUGUUCAAACCUGCCGCAGAUGUCUCCACGCUGCGUGGGCCGGACUUCCCGCGACGCACGCACACGCACCCUUGUCGUCACGGAGGCCACCUGGAGCGACGCGCCGUGAUUGGCGGGGUGACUGCGGCCGAGGCGAGCGGCACGAACACGCCGUGGGAUGACCGGCACGCCUUCCGCGAAGCAUCAGUCUCGGCUCCGCUCGUUGAUCCCACGCCGCCAUGUCCCGAACCCUGAAGAAGAAGAAGCACUGGUCCGGCAAGGUGGUGGAGUGCGCCGUGUCGUGGGGGAGCCUCGGGGACUUCGGCUCCGUGGUGGAGGUCCUGGGGGGCGCCGAGCUGGGCCAAUUCCCGCACCUGGGCCAGAUGAAGCUGGACCUGCUGGUGUGUCACGUGGGCAAGCUGCCCUACUACGGCGACGUCCUGAUGGAGGUCAACGGCACGCCCGUCAGUGGACUAACUAACCGCGACACGCUGGCCGUCAUCCGACACUUCCGGGAGCCCGUCCGCCUGAAGACGGUCAAACCAGGCAAAGUCCUGAACACCGACCUGCGCCACUACCUCAGUCUGCAGUUCCAGAAGGGCUCGCUGGACCACAAGCUCCAGCAGAUCAUACGGGACAACCUCUACCUGCGCACCAUCCCGUGCACCACCAGGCUCCCUCGAGACGGGGAGGUACCUGGCGUGGACUACAACUUCAUCAGCCUCGGGGACUUUAGGAUCCUGGAGGAGAGCGGCCUUCUUCUGGAGAGUGGCACCUACGAUGGUAACUUCUACGGGACACCUAAGCCGCCCGCCGAGCCCAACCUGGUGCAGCCCGACCUGGUGGACCAGGUCCUGUUCGACGAGGACUUCGGCGGCGAGGUUUCGCGGAAGCGCACCACCUCGGUCAGCAAGAUGGACAGGAAGGACAGCGCCGUCCCUGAGGAAGAGGACGACGACGAGAGGCCGCCGCUGGUCAACGGCUUGCCUGACCACAAGGCCGACUGGAGGCGAGCCGUGCCCAGCUACGCCCAGUCCAGCAGCGCCAUGGACUUCCGCACGUGGAGCUCGCUGCCCCGCGACGACAGCCUGGAGCCGCUCCCGCUCCACUGGGAGAUGGCUUACACCGAGACCGGCAUGGUCUACUUCAUAGAUCACAACACCAAGACGACCACGUGGUUGGACCCCCGCUUGGCCAAGAAGGCAAAGCCCCCAGAGAAGUGUGAGGAUGGAGAGUUACCUUACGGCUGGGAGGAAAUUGACGACCCGCAGUACGGAACCUACUACGUUGACCACAUCAACCAGAAAACCCAGUUUGAGAACCCGGUCCUAGAGGCCAAGAAGAGGCUGAGCCAAGGGACAGCCGUCAUCCAGAAGGCUGCAGCGUCUCAUGGUAAGAGCGGCCUGCCGGGCUUCACCAGCGACCCGACCCAGCUGAAGGGCGACCUGUACCGCACGGCGCUGAAGAAGAGCUCCCAGGGUUUCGGCUUCACCAUCAUCGGGGGCGACCGCACUGACGAGUUCCUGCAAGUGAAGAACGUGUUCAGCGACGGCCCCGCGGCCCACGACAACAAAAUGGCGUCGGGUGAUGUGAUUGUGGAGAUUAAUGGGCUUUGCGUUCUGGGAAAGACUCACCCGGAGGUGGUGCAGAUGUUCCAGUCCAUCCCCAUCAACCAGUACGUGGACAUGGUCCUCUGCCGCGGCUACCCGCUUCCCCCGGACGUGGAUCUGGACAGCGACGACCCUUUGCCGCUUCCCCCUCUGCCGCCGUCCAACCAGCCCCAGCAGGCUUUGCACGGAGGCGAGGUGGUGACCGCCGUGCCGCUCAUCAACGGACAGCCGCUGCUCGUCAAAGGCGACGUCCUCCACGGCUCCUCGCAGGAGCUCCACUACGUCACCACGGACUCCAGCGGCCGGCCGGUGGUCGCCACCUUGUCCAACGGCCGGCAGGGCGAGCUGGGGGAAUUGGCCGUCGGGAUGCUGCAGCCCGAGCUGGUGAGCGUGCCCCUGAGCAAGGGCCCGGGAGGCUUCGGCUUCGCCAUUGCCGACUGUCCGCUGGGCCAGAAGGUGAAGAUGAUCCUGGACGCCCAGUGGUGCCGCGGCCUCCAGAAGGGAGACGUCAUCAAGGAGAUCAACAGGCAGAACGUGCAGACGCUGAGCCACGCCCAGGUGGUGGACAUUCUCAAAGACUUCCCCGUGGGGAGCGAGGUCAACGUGCUGGUGCUGCGUGGAGGUCAAACAUCUCCUGUGAAGAGUCUCAAGCCUAGACAGGAAAUGACGGCCAGCACAGAGACCUUGGACUCUCUCGGCGACCCCGCCCCCCCGGCGCUGCCCUACCACUCCAACACGAGCACCCUGCGCGCCGCCGCCGACUCCCCCAAGCGUGAUGCCGCGGAGUUGUACCUGAAAUCCAAAGCCCUGCUGGACAGCAGACAGCCCUACACCAAAGACAUUGAUGUUUUUCUCAAGAGAGACAUCGAGACGGGCUUCGGCUUCCGUGUUCUGGGCGGAGAAGGUCCACAACAGCCAAAUGUCUUCCCCCAGGUCUACAUCGGGGCCAUCGUGCCCAACGGGGCGGCGGAGAAAGACGGCCGCCUGCGGGCCGGCGACGAGCUCAUCGGCAUCGACGGCGUGAUGGUGAAAGGCCGCUCGCACAAGCAAGUGCUGGACCUGAUGACGAACGCCGCCCGCAAUGGUCAGGUGAUGUUGACCGUGCGCAGGAAGGUCAUCUACAGAGACACCACGGAGGAGGAGGCUCUGGAAAUGGCUUCCACGCUGGUGAACGGUUCCCCCAAGCUGCCUCGGCCCCUGCCCAUGCCGAGCGCUCUGGACCACGAGUCUUUCGACAUCACGCUCCACCGCAAAGAUACCGAGGGCUUUGGCUUCGUCAUCCUCACGUCCAAGAGCAGACCCCCCCACGGAGUUAUCCCUCACAAAAUCGGCCGCAUCAUCGAAGGCAGCCCGACCGACCGCUGCGGGCUGCUGCACGUCGGCGACCGCAUCUCCGCCGUCAACGGGCGCUCCAUCCUGGAACUGUCGCACAAUGACAUCGUGCAGCUCAUCAAGGAUGCCGGCAACGUGGUCACGCUGACCGUGGUCCCCGAGGACGAGUACAAGGGGCCUCCAUCUGGGGCCAGUUCUGCUCGACAGAGUCCAGCUCUUCAGCACCGAGCCAUCGGACAGCGGUCGGCACUACAGGACGAACGCUACAACCUCGACUUGGAGGACAAACGGGACAGAGCCUCCUGGUCGGAACAUAAAACCAUACCAGUGGAACAGGGGGCGCUGUGUGUAACAGGACCCAACCAGGGCUGUCUGACCGUGGAGCUGGACAGAGGGCCCCGAGGCUUCGGCUUUAGCCUCCGAGGGGGCACCGAGUACAACAUGGGGCUGUACAUCCUGAGGCUGGCUGAGGACGGGCCCGCCCAGCUGGACGGAAGGAUCCAUGUCGGGGACGAGAUUGUGGAGAUCAACGGGGAACCGGCUCGCGGCAUUUCCCACACACGCGCCAUCGAGCUGAUCCAGGCGGGAGGAAGCAAAGUGGCUCUGCUGCUCCGACCUGGGGCGGGUUUGACUCAAGAUGGUGGUCAAAAACACAUUUCACCCUCAAGCUACACCAGGGAGGUGUUUUUUUCGGACACGUCACCCCUGUCCUCUCCAUAUCACACCGGGGCGCCAACCCUCGUGUCCCCUCCUCACCCCGGCAGUCUGAAACACUCCCGCAGCUGGAGCGCCACAUCCCCGAGAGGCUUGCGGCGCCACAGCAACAUGGUUUUGAGCUCAUUGAAGGAGCGUGACGAGUGGCGGGGAGACAAGGAGGUGGAGACGGCCGUGAGGUCGACCAGCAUGAAAGAGGGCAGAGAGAAAGCGGCGGAAACUACACCUCAAGCCAAAGACGGGCCUAGCAGCCCCAGGAAGACGGAGAGCCGGGCGCAGGUAGCAGCACGGAACCAGAACAUGACGAUUAGAACGCGGUCUGCGAGCAUGGGGGCUAGCAACCUCGACCAAAGACACAAGGACUCCAGAAGCAGUGAGAACUUGCGUCAUGUCAACAACCUUAAGUUCAACUUUGAGACUGGAGGAAAGCCAAAGCCUAGACCGAGACACGAGUCCAAAAGUCUUAAAGAAAGAUCUCUUCAUGGUCCCAAGUCCGACUUUGAGACCGGAGGAGAGCCAAAGCCCAGACCGAGACACGAGUCCAAAAGUCUUAAAGAAAGAUCUCUUCAUGGUCCCAAGUCGGACUUUGAGACCGGAGGAGAGCCAAAGCCCAGACCGAGACACGAGUCCAAAAGUCUUAAAGAAAGAUCUCUUCAUGGUCCCAAAUCCGACUUUGAGACCGGAGGAGAGCCGAGGCCUAGACCGAGACACGAGUCCAAAAGUCUUAAAGAAAGAUCUCUUCAUGGUCCCAAGUCCGACUUUGAGACCGGAGGAGAGCCUAGGCCCAGACCCAGACACGAGUCCAAAAGUCUUAAAGAAAGAUCCCUUUGUGCUCCCAGAGAGCAUGGUUCUAGUCGAGACUCGAGCCACAUCAAGGACCAGAGUGCGGAGGACAGGAAGAGACCUAAAGAGACUUCCGUCAAAGAGUCACCUAGCGAGCCAAAGGGAAGAAACUCCAAAGAUCAAACGAGCAAGGCAGACCUUGUGGUGUAUGUUAGCAGGUCUCCCAGAAGCCCUCAGAGCUCCAAGGGACCGAUCAGCCCCGGUGAAUGGAAGAUUCCCAGCCAAGUCAGAAUUCUGUCCCAGGCUGAAGUCCUCCUUGAUCCCUCUUGACAGAUUGAUUCUGUCCUUAGGAUUGUCUGUGCCACCUCUGUGGAUUGUUUAGAGCGCUUCCAGUAAAAGUGCUACCAGGUGCCGCUUUUCUAAGCCGUGGUCCUCAUCCUCCGGCAGCACCGGUGGCGUGUAGCAGACUCGGACCUGGGACGUCUUCUCAUGUGAAUUUGUGCCAACACCACCAAGAGCAGCACCUCGCCCGUGACCACGCAUCCAUCCGUUAUGCAAGGCGAGGAGGAAAGGUCAUUGGGCUUCUUUUUUUUUUUUUUUUUUUUUUUAAGACUCUCGUUUCUUGAGCUGCUUUGCUCGGCUGCAUGCAGUCCACCCUCGGUUCUUACCGCACGUCUCACACAACACCCGUAUCCUCAUCCUCGUCCACAAGCCGAGCGACUCUGAGACUGUUCUUAACUCUCUUCCAUACGCGCUGCAUCCUUCGAAUGACCAGAAACUUGUGCUUUUUCAGAUCUCGUAUGACAAAACCGAACAAAGGAAACCGUAGACGGAGGAGAAAAAGGUUCGAAAUGUGUGUUUGGUAGAUUAUUUCUCUGUGGACAAUGUCGGACAACACUUGUUUUGUGUGUCCGUAGCUUUCAGGCUCCCUUGUUCGUCACGGUUAGUUAAGUUAGACCAUAGAAACAACCUUCUAAAUAUGUUAUUAUUAGAGCCAUCUACACAGGAAAUAAUUCCCAUAUAGUCAAUAUACCGUGUUUUCCGGACUAGAGAGUGCAUCGGUAUAUAAGCCGCACCCACCGAAUUUUAGAAGAAAUAAAUAUGUUUCCAUAUAUAAGCCGCACCGGACUAUAAAUCGCAGAUAUAUACGUUGUGAAAUGGGUUACUUACACAGAAAUAUUCUGUACAUUUUUAUUUACAUACCUUAAUUGUGUCUGUAGCGCGGCAGUAAAACGACUAAUCAAACAAAACAGAAGUCAUCGUCAUGGACCCACAGCUAAACAGACUCGAUAGCUCCAUGGUGACGUUUUGGGGAAUUUACUGAGGAAUUUGUGAAGCAAUACAAAAAGAAUGCUGUUGUAAGUUAAUAAUAUUAACACAGACACUCGUAAACGUGUUAGCAUAUUAGCUAAUGCUAAUGACGCUAGCUGGAGUAAAUUUCGCUAGCACGUACAAAUAUGCAUGAAAACACCCCUACAGACAUUUAGUCAGUAAGAAUAGUUUUAGUUAUAUUGUAAAACUUACAAACGUUGCCUGGAGUGACGAAUGAAGAAGCCAUACGAGUAGAAACGCUAUGGACGGCUAGAGGACUGAACGUCACUGUACUUCCUCACUACCAUUAAAUGGAAGGACACUGCGACGCCUUCAGUGAGUGAAUUCAUCCAAAAGAUGGCGCCGUAACACAGGAAUUUGUGAAAGUGAAACAAUACAAAAAGAAUGCCGUUGUAAGUUAAUAAUACUAACACAGACACUCGUAAACGUGUUAGCAUAUUAUAUAUAUAUAUAUAUAUAUUAGCUAAUGCUAACGACGCUAGCUUGAUUAGAUUUCGAUAGCGCGUACAAUUAUACACAAAAACACCCCUACAGACCAAGUAAGUAAGUAAGAAUUGUUUUAGUUAUAUUGUAAAACUUACAAACGUUGCUUGGACUGAUGAAUGAAGAAUCCAUACGAGUAGAAACGCUAUGGACGGCUAGAGGACUGAACGUCACUGUACUUCCUCACUACCAUUAAAUGGAAGGACACUGCGACGCCUUCCGUGAGUGAAUUCGUCCAAAAGAUGGCGCCAUAACACAGGAAUUUGUGAAAGUGAAUCAAUACAAAAAGAAUGCCGUUGUAAGUCAAUAAUACUAACACAGGCACUCGUAAACGUGUUAGCAUAUUAGCUAAUGCUAACGACGCUAGCUUGAGUACAUUUCGAUAGCACGUACAAAUAUGCACGACAACAACCCUACAGACAUUUAGUAAGUAAGAAUUGUUUUAGUUAUAUUGUAAAACUUACAAACGUUGCUUGGAGUGACGAAUGGAGAAUCCAUACGAGUAGAAACGCUAUGGACGGCUAGAGGACUAAUCGUUACUGUACUUCCAAACUACCAUUAAUUGGCGCCGUAACACAGGAAUUUGUGAAAGUGAAACAAUACAAAAAGAAUGCUGUUGUAAGUUAAUAAUACUAACACGGACACUCGUAACCGUGUUAGCAUAUUAGCUAAUGCUAACAACGCUAGCUUGAGUACAUUUUGAUAGCACGUACAAAUAUGCACGAAAACAACCCCGACAUACAUUUAGUAGGUAAGAAUUGUUUUAGUUAUAUUGUAAAACUUACAAACGUUGCUUGGAGUGACGAAUGGAGAAUCCAUACGAGUAGAAACGCUAUGGACGGCUAGAGGUCUAAUCGUUACUGUACUUCCUCACUACCAUUAAAUGGCGCCGUAACACAGGAAUUUGUGAAAGUGAAACAACACAAAAAGAAUGCAGUUGUAAGUUAAUAAUACUAACACGGACACUCGUAUACAUGUUAGCAUAUUAGCUAAGGCUAACAAUGCUAGCUUGAGUACAUUUCAAUAGCACGUACAAAUAUGCACGAAAACAACCCUACAGACAUUUAGUAAGUAAGAAUUGUUUUAGUUAUAUUGUAAAACUUACAAACCUUGCUUGCAGUGACGAAUGGAGAACCAUAUGUGUCGAAACGCUAUGAACGAGAACCCGACAUUGAUUAAACGUCGUCAAAAAGCACAUUGUUUCAACGUUGUGUCGCUCAAAGUCAGGACCUAAUUCAACAAGUUCUCAACGUUGUUUCAAUGUCUUGUGCCUUCCAUGAGGAAGGCAGUGCGGACAUUAUAGUCACAUUUGAACAUCACGCUAAGUCUGGUGUAUCUCCAAUAUCAUUAUAUUUUCUACCAAAAAUAAUAUUCUUGAGGUACAGAACAUUGUACGGCCACAAGAGUCAGAAUCUACCAAACACACCUGUGACGCUGUAGAUACACGUACAGUAGCCAGUCCAGGUUUUCAUAUCGCCGUCGUCCUCUGAGGGACCCAGCGUGGUCCCGGUGUGUCGUAGGAAACAAACCUUGUACAAAAUCUUUAUACUUCAUGACAUGUAGAUGUCACGUGCAAACCGCUGUAAGAAAUGCUUCAAAUGUCUCAUAGUCAAUUAUGGUAUAGAUUAUAAUAUAUAAUUAGGUAAAUAUAUGUAAAUAAA